AAAUGUUGUGGAGUUGUUGGAAAUGACAAGAGGGAGGUAGAGGAAGAGGUCUUCCUGGAUUAUGCCGGCAUGUUUGAGGACAAGUUCUCUGCGUCUGUGGAUGGGGGAGCUACUGUGGCGGGACUAGUAGGACUAAAGGUUGGACUGCAGGGUGAAGGAUCCUCUGAAGUGCACUCCAACAUUGGAACACUCCACAAACAGGAAGUAAACAUGGCCACACUGGUCCGGGAGUCGUACAACAAGUACCUGGAGAAGGGCCAUCCCUUAUUGAGGCAGUUGGAAGUGUGGGAUUGGAAAAGAACGUUGGGGUUUGUGAGUGCACGUGUGUUUAACAGAAACGAGUUUUUCAUCAGUAAACAGGAGGAACAAGGCGCCAGCAGCAAAGCAAACGUGAACAUUCAGAAGGUGUCCAUUGAUCACAGCGGAAGUUUUGGAAAAGAAAAUAAAGUGAAGCUGCGUGUCCCAGCCAACACCACCCUGGCAUACCGCUUCAUGAAGCUAAAAAUCAAUGAUGUUCAACCAAUUAUUCGACCAGUUUUUAGAGUUUGUCGCAGCAUUGGUUCUGGUAUGGCGGAAUCAACUUUCCCUAAACCAGAAAGUGUGAUCACGAUGGAGGUAUUGGAUCCAGAAGCCACGGCCAGAGAUGAGACACUCCUCGAACCAUUCUGUUCACUGGCACUCAGAGAGCUAGCGCGCCAGCUGUCUCCCCUGGGUGAAGAGUCAGUGGACACUCGGACGACUCUGUUGCAGCUCCUUACUGACAUCAUGGUGGACCAGGAGGUCCUGCAUACCCUGGAGAUGGCUGUGGACAAUGUGAAUAUGGGUCUGACCCCUGACGUGGAAUCUGUGGAGCAGGAGGCCCUGAAGACCCAGAUCACCUCAGUGCUGCAGCUGCUGCCACGCAGCACAUCAUACCACCCCUUGCCCUACGCCAUUCACCUGCUGAUCACCGCACUCACUGCUGUCUGA